AUGGAGCCAAAUAAUGGAAGAAGAAAUGGAAGAAACAUUCAUCACGAACAGCAAGCCUUGGAGAAACAUCAAACACCAUUUUUUGGAGAACAUGCCCGCAUUGACGAUAGCGACGAAGACAAGUAUGUGUCAGAUCCAGAAAACCCUGACCACCAGUAA